ACUUUUUGCUUAAGACUCAUUAAAAAAAAAAAUUGUGCUCUGCUUUUAAUUAGUUUUAGUAAAUCGAUAUCAAAUGGGUAAAUCAAGUGAAGGUUCAUUUGAAUGGCAAUCAUUUCUCAAGAGACCAAACUUUUAUGCGGCUCCUGUUUCCUGCUUCAAACAUGCAGCUGUACAUAGGUCGUGGGAAAGUAUAACUACCGGUGUGCUUGUGGAGAUUAAGAGUCCUGAUUGCACAACUUGUUCUCCAUCAAAUCCAUGCUGUUAUUGGAUUGCAACUGUGAUCAGAGUAACUGGUUACAUGGGUCUCCUCCGAUAUGAAGGAUUUGAUUCUGAUGAUAGCCUGGACAUGUGGGUAAAUUUGUGUACAGAGCCUCAUAUACAUCCUAUCGGUUGGUGUGCUGAUAAUGGCAUGCCUUUAGUUCCACCAAAAACCAUUGAAGAUAAGCAUACAGAUUGGAAGGAUUAUUUAGUAAAAAGAAUAUCCAGAGCCAAAACUAUUCCUGCUGACUUCGCCUAUAAGAUUGAAGAACACAAGCAUAGCAUAAUUAAGAAAAAUAUGAAACUUGAAGUAGUCGACAAGAACUGCAUAUCGGCAGUGCGUCCAGCUAAAGUGAAAGAAGUGGUUGGUGGGCGUUUACACAUCUCAUAUGAAGACUCUAGUGAGGAUGAAGGAUUCUGGUUCCAUGAAAGGUCACCUCUGAUUCAUCCAGUUGGUUGGGCUCAGAUUGUUGGACACCCACUGCAAGGAAAAAUUGAGUAUGCUCAUCAGUCCUUAAGAAAGACGUUGUAUCAAACAUUUGAUCCAGAUGAUGCAACAUGGAACAUGUUUAUGCCUGUGAUAAAUUUUGUGAAGAAUUUAAAAUUUAAAGAAGGAAUGAAGUUAGAAGCUAUUGAUCCUUUAAAUCUUUCUACCAUAUGUGUGGCCACAGUGAUAGAAGUUUUGAGAAAUAACUAUCUCAUGAUUGGCAUUGAUGGCAUGGUAAAUCAAUCUGCAAAUGGUUCAGAUUGUUUCUGCUACCAUUCUUCAUCACCUUGUAUUUUCCCGGUUGGAUUUUGUGAAAGCAAUGGCAUCACAUUAACUCCUCCUAAAGGUUACAAAGGGGAUUUUAAAUGGCAAGAAUACUUAAGAAAGACAAAAGCUAAACCUGCACCAGUAGCACUAUUUCAUAGAGAAAUUCCAAAUCAUGGUUUUAGAGAAGGAAUGUAUCUGGAAGCAGUAGAUCUUAUUUCACCCAGGUUGAUCUGUGUAGCUGUUGUGACUAAAGUUGUUGGCCGUCUUUUAAGAAUACACUUUGAGGGGUGGGAAGAUGCAUAUGAUCAGUGGUGUGAUUGUGAAAGUCCUGAUUUAUUUCCUAUCGGCUGGUGCCAAGCUGUUGGCUAUAAAUUAGAGCCUCCAAAAUCCGAUGACAUUGAGCACCCAAAGAAGAGGAGGAAAGUAAUGGUCUCAAAAAUUCAAAGAAGAAAGAAACGAUUUUCACAGAGAAGAAAAAGUUCUGAAUAUUCAUCUCAGUUUGAAGGUCUUUCAAUAAAAACAGAGCCUAAUGAUUCAAAUGAAUCUUGCGCAUCUGGAGAAGAAUCUAGUUACAGUUCUGAAUGAAGUAUGUUUUGUGAAUAUUGCAUUACAAUGUUUUCCAUCCAUUUUCAUCUGUUUCAUAUUUUAGAAAACAUUUUAUUUACUUAUUUUUCCAGUGUUUUUCUUUCCACCCGAGUGAAAUUUUGAGUCAUGUGAUAACUAUUUCUGUUAGUAUUAUUGUUGAUGUUUGUGGUUUAUAGUGUUUCUACAUCUAAUUAUUUAAGAUGCUCUGAAAAUGAGGCAUACUAGUUGCAAGUUGCU